GCGUGUUCUUAGAAGCGAAGAUCAUUGUUGAAGAUUUCCUUUAAAUUUGUCUUGUUAAAUCCUUAUUUCAUUUGUUCAACUUCAACUACAUGAUCAUUUUGUCGAGUUUAAACAAGAACAAGAAAAACUACUACUAAGUACAUCAAAAAAAUGAGCCUACAACUGUAACUGUUCUACUCAAAGCCUACCAUUGUUCUCAAAGAUGUUCUUCGUUGUUCAUGUUCGUAAAUGACGUCCUCAACGACGAGCGACAGCACGUGGUCGAGUCGUCCUAUUACGACAGUUCUUGGUACUCGUCUGCAACUACUUUCUAGUCGCGGAUUUUGCUCAACGAGUACCCCGGACGAUGUCGAUAGUAGCCUCUCACCGACCGCCGCAGCCGUUGGGGCUGUUUCAUUUACGGAGGGGACAGCAGUUGGAGCGACGGAAGGAGCAGGAGCAGGAGUUACACAAACAGAGGAGGCAAUCAUGGUAAUGGCAAAGGGUGCGAAAAAUUAUACGAGGACAACAUCAACAACAACACCAUCGGGGGCAUUUUAUGCAUCUCAAGAUCUCGCUCCGACCACUACGCUACCCUCGUCUGUGAAACGGUUUUGGGUCACGUUCGGAGGAUCUGCUGGACGUGCAUGGCUGAUUGUGGGGAUUGCACUUGCACUUGUUUCUUGUAUAGGAGGAGCGAUUUUUGUUACUCGUAUACUAGGAGGGAAGGAGAGCAUGAUGCAUUUGAAUGAGGCAAAAAGUCGUGCACGACAAGGAGAAAUGGCAACAACAGCAACCAGACCCGCAGGAAUACAAGAAGUACCCAGAUCUUCCACUGAUUUGUUGAACAACCCUCCUGAGGCGGCUACAUCAGCGACUUCUUCUCCUGAUCAUUUUACUCCUGGCUCAUAUUCAAUUCUGCCUCCAUCUCGAAGUUCACCUUCUCGUUGCUCACUACCUGUAGAGAUAGAGAAACUUCUAGUUUCUGGCCUACAGGAGAUCGCGGAAAGACGCAGAAAAAGACGAGCUACGACAAUCCUCUCUGGUGGAAUAGAGAAUGUAAGUUCGUCUUCCUCUUCCUCUUCACGUCCUUCACCUCCUCGUAUAGGUAUAGAAGUACCCAUUCUUCAAUAUGGCGCAACGCAUGAUCAACAUGUCGAGAGAGACGAUCAUGAUCAACAUCUUCAAGAAGAGUCACAAGACAUCAUGCCGAGAAGGAGAAGUACUUCAAGAAGCAGGAGAACAUCAUCUACAACUGUUCUUCACCUUCCCCAGCCUGCAUCGACCUCAACGCUGUUUCUCUCCGCAAAGUCAUCGCUCGGUGACGAGAAAGACUUUAUCAAUGGUAGCUUUUUUAGCGUUCUACGUCGUCUCUCAAAUAGUUCUACGGCUGUUCCUCUCUCUCCAAUCUCUUCACCGGAUGACACCAUGGUCGAAGAUCGUACAUAUGAGGACGAGCUCCUGACCCCGAUGAACGAAACGUCUGGCGGAAAUUUUCGGGCUUUCAUGGGCCGCGAGGAUCAUAAAAAUAACGGUUCGCGAACGUCCCUAAACAUUUCCACCAGUGAAGAGGAACUAGUCGAACAAGAAGGAGUAACAAGUGGUGCUUUAACGGAAGAUGCUGUCGAAAGCGAGGCAAGGGGACCUUCACUUUCUUCGCGCUAUACUACUGGUGAUGAAGAAGCAACAAUCUACGAUGGUGCUGGACCUGGUUUACCAGCGACCAACAGAGACUCGUCACUCUCACAGUCCUCACAUCGAACACCAGCACUUUCUCCUGUUGACACCACGAGGACAGGGGGAGAUUUCCCAGCAGCAGUACCCUCUGUUCUUGACACGACAGGAACGUCCACGACAGAGGCGUCCCAGAAUUGGUGGGUGCAAAGCCUUAUGUCUCUAGCGGCUCGUGGGCUCUUUCUCCAAAUGGACAUCGAAGAAACCCUAAACGACCCAGUGUGUCAAGCAGAGUUUGCACAGUUUUGUCGCGAGAACAUCCUGUAUCCAGGCUUGAAAUACGACAUUUUGGACUGCUUGAGGAAAUCGAAGAUGCAGAGGAUGGGGCCUUUGUGAUGUUGAACCACGUUUAACUAGAAGAUGGAGCAGAGGAUGGAGGGAACUUUGUGAUGUUUAAAUUGAACGUGCAGUAGUCAGAAGUAAUAUCUAAUAUGUUGUCCUUGUCUGUUGAUCUCCUUUAUCCUGAGAUAGAGUUCUAGUAGAUAUUAAUCUUUUGCUCCUGGACAGUUUUGUUUGAAUGUAUAGUUGUACCGCAGCUACUACUACUAGUGCUAGUCGUGGUAAAGAUAAUAGGCUCGAUACCCAAGACCUCAACAGCGAAGCUGGAACAGGAUGAGUCACGCCAUGAUGUUAAACUUUAGACAUUCCCGCAUGCUGGUGGCCGUUCGGUUUUUGCACACGAAGAAGAUGCGCACUUUGACAUUUUGUUUUGUUGUCUGCGAAAUAUGUUGUCCACAAGAACAGAUACAGAAAGACGAAGGCCACGUCAGGGCAUAAGGAUGUUGAGAAGCAAGAGCAUCAGAAACUAUGCCC